AUGGCGGCUUCUCUGCAACUCAACUGCAAACCCUUCGCUCCUCUGCUACUUCACUCCAAGCCCGCCUCCAAACGCGUCCCUAGAUUCUCCACUGUCCGCUGCUCCGCUGCCGCGCCAUCCAAGAGCUACAACAUCACCCUCCUCUCCGGCGACGGCAUUGGCCCUGAAGUCAUCUCUGUUGCUAAGAGCGCCCUCCAGCUCGUCGCCUCCCUUGAAGGAUUCGAGUUUAAGUUCAAGGAGGUUCCGGUGGGCGGCGCCGCCCUUGAUUUGACCGGUGUGCCCUUGCCGGAAGAGACCCUUUCGACUGCAAAGGAUUCUGAUGCUGUUCUUCUUGGGGCUAUUGGAGGGUAUAAGUGGGAUAACAAUGAGAAGCAUUUGAAGCCUGAGACAGGGCUGCUUCAGCUUCGGGCGGGUCUUAAGGUUUUUGCGAACUUGAGACCAGCUACAGUUUUGCCUCAGUUAGUGGAUGCUUCAACUUUGAAGAAAGAUGUCGCUGAGGGUGUGGAUUUGAUGGUGGUAAGGGAACUUACUGGAGGCAUUUAUUUUGGCAAGCCAAGGGGUUUUAGUACAAAUGAAAAUGGUGAAGAAAUUGGAUUCAACACUGAGGUGUACAGCAGUCAUGAGAUUGAUCGCAUUGCUCGGGUUGCAUUUGAAACUGCUCGAAAACGUAGUGGAAAACUUUGUUCUGUUGAUAAAGCUAACGUUUUGGAGGCUUCCAUGCUAUGGAGAAAAAGAGUCACAGCCUUAUCCUCAGAAUACCCGGAUGUUGAACUCUCACACAUGUAUGUUGACAAUGCAGCCAUGCAGCUUGUCCGAAACCCAAAACAGUUUGACACUAUUGUUACAAAUAACAUAUUUGGCGAUAUUUUAUCCGAUGAAGCAUCAAUGAUCACUGGUAGCAUAGGGAUGCUUCCAUCCGCAAGCAUUGGUGAAUCGGGACCUGGGUUGUUCGAACCAAUACAUGGUUCUGCUCCUGAUAUUGCUGGGCAGGACAAAGCAAAUCCGUUGGCAACAGUGUUGAGUGCAGCCAUGCUUUUGAGAUAUGGUCUUGGAGAGGAGAAGGCUGCCCGUAGGAUUGAGGCUGCUGUCUUAGACACUCUAGACAGAGGAUAUCGUACGGGUGAUAUAUACUCAGCUGGACAGAAACUGGUUGGUUGCAAGGAGAUGGGUGAACAAGUAUUGAAGUCGAUAGAUAGUAAAGUUGCCACUCCCGUAUGAGAAGCCGUCUGGCUAGAUAACCCUUGAACGGAGAUCGAGCAUACCAUCUUAUCUUGCCAUUUCCAUCAAACUAUUAUGCAAUUUGAAGGUGUUUUUUAUUUUUCUUUCUUUUUUCUAGAGAUUUAAACUGAGGCGAUAUUAAACUGUAGCAGAAUGGAUAAUUGUUGGAAUAAGAGUGGUCGUAAAUUAUCAAUUGCAGUAA